AUGGCAGCAGAGAACGGUCGCCAGGACAAUCAAGACUCUCUUCCACUCCGUAACAUUCCCACUCAGGCAUUGGUGGUGGGAACUCGCGGAGCCCCAUUCAAACUAACUCAGAUCAUUUUGGACGAAGUCCGGGAUAACGAGGUGUUGGUAGAAGUGAUGUAUUCCGGCGUUUGUCAUACGGAUCUUUUAGUUCAGCAUGGCGUGAUGCCGGGGGCAACAUAUCCCAUCAUCUUGGGACACGAAGGCUGCGGAAUCGUUCGAAGGGUGGGAUGCAGUGUCCUAAACCCACGCUUGAGGAUUGGUCGACCUGUGUUCUUGUCAUUCAACACCUGUCGCCAUUGCCGGUUCUGCCACGAGGGUCAGCUCGGGUCAUGCCCAGAGAUGACGCCCGUCAAUUUCACAGGCGGUCGACUUCUUGGAGAUGGCAGUAGUCCCGCUCGACUGGCGGCCACCGGAGAGUCAGUGAGAGCUCAGUUCUUCGGCCAGUCUUCCUUCUCCAGACUGUCGAUCGUCCGGGAACAAUCAGUUAUUGCGCAUGACGGCGACUUGGAACCGAAUACCAUGGCUGCACUGGCACCAUUGGGCUGUGGCUACAACACAGGUGCAUCGACAGUGUUGGAUGUAUUACAGCCACGGGAAGGCACUUCUCUGGCUGUCGCGGGUGCGGGCGCUGUCGGUUUGGCGGCCAUCAUGGCUGCAAGAGCGCUGGGUGUGAGGCGCAUCAUCGCGAUAGACGUCGUAACGGCCAAACUCGAACUGGCUAAAGAGGUCGGGGCCACGCAUACCAUUGACUCGUCUUCGUCUUCGAUCUCGGACAUUGCCACCGCCAUCCGCGAUAUCCUACCCGAGGGCGUCGACCAGAUACUAGAGACCACCGGUGUCACGACAGUCAUCGAACGGGGUGUCGCCGCUCUCAGUCACGGCGGCACCAUGGCGCUGGUAGGGGUUCCCCGUCCGGAACAUCAUCUUUCCCUCGACCCGCUGGAUCUGCUGCUGUCGUGUAAGAAGAUCGUGGGGGUCAUUGCCGGAUAUUCCAACCCACAGGAAUCGCUACCUCGCCUGAUCCAGCUCCACCAACAAGGACAGCUUCCAGUGGAAAAACUGAUGAAAAUCUACCCGGCAACACAGCUGGAUCAGGCCAUUACGGAUCUCAAGGCUGGGCGUGUUGUCAAGCCUGUUUUAUCCUGGAACGAUUUAUGA